CGGAUACUCAACGAUCGACACGACUUGUGACGAGAGCCUCAGUCACAGUCAUGAGUCCAUUAACCAACGUAGAAUGUCUUUUGCUCGCACAAGCAGUGUACGAGCACGGCGCAAAUGCUUGGCAGCAAGUCUCAAAGCUGCUCUCAAAGCAUCCCAUCAUCUCUCGCCCAAAAACUUUCUUUUCCGCUAAUGUCAGCCCGUUUCAACUUUUUUACUAUGUAUGGCGUACUCAGAUCAUCUUGAGUGCACCGAGUCUGACCCGAAUGCUCCACAUGCUCUUGUGAAUCUAAAGCUUGCCCAGAAGUUCUAUGGUGCACGUCUCCUGGAGUUGCGUGACUUGAUUGCAGCAGAGGAAGUCAAGUUCAAAACCAUCGUUGCAGAAAUUCAAGAUAUUCGGGCUGGGAAAUGGGACGAUAAGAUUCGUGCCAAGCUAUCUGGAACAGAAUUCGACCACGAGGUAGAACACGCUGCUGCACCUACGCAGAGUGAAACAGUCGUCGAACCUGAAGUUGAAGUCUCACAUGAGAUCCAGGAGCAAGCUAUCCCCCAGCCAGAAGAACCAGUCACUAUGCAAGAACCCGAGAACAUUGAACCUGAACAAGCCCCUGAACCAGUCCCUGUGGAAAUAGAAUCCCCUCUCCCGCCACAAACCGAGGAACACGAGCCUGAGAAUGAAAAUGAUGAGCAACCAAUUGAACUCGACGAACCCGUAGCCUCAACUCAUGAGGAAGAAGCAGAACAGUCUGAAUGGGAGCAACAGCCCACAUCCCCAGACGAUGAGGCAAGUGAGAUAGAGGCAAUAUUGACACCUGGCGCGCCAGAGGGGUCCGUCGAGGAAGAAGUUAGCGAACAGUCGCCCGAACAUGAAGAGGAGUCGCCUGUUCAUGAGGAAGAGAUACUCGAACAUGAAGAGGAGGAGGCGUCACACGCACAAGACACUGAACAGUCCUACACUGAACCAGAGCAAGAGACUUCCAUAGAAGUCGAUGCGGAGCAGAACUUAUCUGUUGAUACCGAGACAAGUUCGCAAGCUAAACGCAAGGUGGACGAAGUGGAAGUUGACGACGGCGAAGGCACUGAAGAACCCGACAAGAAACGUUUACGUGAGGAGAGCUCGCCUCCUACACCAGAGGAGGAGGAACAAGCCACACGUCCCCGACGCGACACAACAAGCAGCGAGCAACGCCCCUCCACACCCCUUCAAUCCGGUCCAUCCGGCUCCACCGCUCAAUCCACAAUUCAAGCUCAACCCAUUGCUAACAAGCGCUUCCAGGCUGUCAUCAACCUCCUACACUCUCAAAUCUCACAACACCGCAACGGUAAUAUCUUCCACAAUCCUAUAAAACCGACCGAAGCGCCCGAUUACCACGAUAUCAUCAAGCGCCCCAUGGAUUUGAAGACCAUCAAGGCAAGGAUCAAAGAUGGAGUUAUCAGGACCUCCAGAGAUUUUCAGAGGGAUGUGUAUCUAAUGUUUGCCAAUGCGAUCAUGUAUAACAGGCCAGGGAGUGAUAUCGCGUUGAUGGCGGAAGAGAUGAUGCUUGAGAGCGAGAAUCAUAUCAAUUCCUUCCGGCAAACAGAAGGUUACUUGCGCAACACCCGCGCGUGAACUUAUGUUAGGGGAAGUUCGCAUGAAUACAUGCUUUGCACUGGAAUAACGCCUCUCACACACAUUGCUCGGAUGUCAGAGAAA